AUGACGCCAUGGAUGUACAACUUCACUGCCAGGAGUGAAGCUGCUAUACGAUUUAUAGAAGGCUACAGCGCGGAGGCACUGGCUACUCUCAAAGAUAAAAGAUGUAUUCCCACUCAGUGUGACGGAUUAAAUGAGCUACUAGACGGCGGAAUCAGUACCCAGGAGGUUCUGGAACUCAUAGAAUAUCAUCAUGGUCAUACUGGAGAGGUUAUCAUGCAUAUGAUCGUCCAUCAUCUCCAUAAUGACCGCAAUGCGCAGGCAGUUAUAGUCACAUCUAAUGGAGUGCAAAAUUCAAACAGUAUAUAUCGAGUCGCACAUAGUUAUCUAGAAUCAUACGGCACAGAGGGCGGUCAGAUCAGCGACCUUGAUGAAGCGGCUUUCCAUAUCAUGGCUCGGGUUUUUAUUGUACAGUGUACAGAUAUAAAACAACUGAAUAUAACAUUGGAUAACAUCUCAAAAGGGUUGUUUACCGGCACAGAUGCACAGCAGAAAAGAACGCCGAGGGAAAGUGUACCACAAGAUGUGACUACGUCUAUCGCAGAAAAACAAGGACCUAACACCAGGGUACAACUACCGGGAAAACACCUGGAUAUAGUGGCAAUACACACCUUAUCAUCUAUCAUAGAAGAUUCGAAGCAUAGCGAUGCUUGGCAGGGGAUGCCCACCGUAUGCCGUCAGCUACGUACGGUAGCGCGUAGAUUGAACGCGGCAGUGAUAGUUUCUAAUGUACACGAUACUAUCUCUAGGUUGAGAAGUCUUACCGCGAAUUACGAACCAGAACGACGUAAAACUGGCAUCGUCGAAGUGUUCAUAGCUUCGCCAAGGUGGCACGCUACCGUUGAUAAAAGGAUAUACCUAAUUGUGAAAUACGGAAAUAAAAAAGCAAAUCGAGCUACAUUAAUGGCACAACUUACCAAGAGUAGCCAGAGACCUAAUGAAGUGGCAUGUCAUAUCGAGUUAACUGACAAAGGUAUUUGA